GCCUGAACCUAUAAUAUUUUCCUGACGCAUCAAAUCAUUUCCUUGAAUUUGCUCCAACACGUCCAAUUCUUUCUCUGCUGUCCACAAACAUAUCUCAUAGGAACCCCGGUAUUGGCACGUCUAUGAUAGGCACACGCAAGUCUGACCAGCUCACCAACAAGAUUAUUAUUCUAUCUUCGAUCAGAUUUGCUAGUAACAAAGGAAUAUCAAUUUUGACCUACGGCCAGAGGUUAAUUUUGGAUUCGAGCCAAGAUGAAGGUCGCGAUAGAACCUUAUGAUCCCACUUGGCCCUUGAAAUUCAGCGAGAUACAAGCCGAGCUUUCUGAUAUUCUCAGAAGUGUGGACAUUAUAUCGAUCGAGCACGUAGGAAGCACGACCAUUCCUUCGCUCAUGGCCAAACCCGUUCUUGACAUCGAUAUUAUAAUCCCUAAUUCUCCCCUUGAGGCUGCACGUAGUGCUCUCAAAGACGCAAAUUAUACUGACUGUGGCGAGAUGAAUGUCCCAGGUCGGUUUGCGUUCCGACAACCGGGGUAUGGAAAGCUCGACGCGGCCCAUGGGAAAGGCAGAAACGGGGAACUACGAUAUAACACCUACCUUAUGAUUCAAGGAUGUGUAGCCUUGAGGAACCAUCUCGAUGCAAAGAGAGUAUUGUUGGACAGCCAAGAGCUGCGCGAAGAAUACGCGAGAGUAAAGACCAAGCUGAAAGAGACUGAAUUCGAAAAUAUCGGCGAAUAUGCCUCUGGGAAAACAGAUAUCCUCUGCAAGAUUUUGAGAACAGCCGGGUGGAGCGAGGAGGAUUUAAAUCCUGUGAUUAAAGCCAAUAGCUAAAGUAUCAUUUCCCAUGUCUCUUUUAAAGCGAAGUUCUUUUACGCGCCUAAGCAUUGUCCAAAGUUUCUGCAUCCAAAUAGUUUUCUUACCAUCUAACAGCUUUCACGCCCUCGGCGUUCUGUCGACUCAUCAGCGUUGACUAGAUUGUAUGACUGAAAUUUAAAGAUUAUGAAUGCUGCAUUCAGGUGCAUCCUCCAUUUGAGAAGAUUG